AGUCGAUAGUGACUUCUCUAUGUACACAUGUUGUCUUACGUGUUUACGUAUGUAAUCUAUUCGACCUGAUAAAUAUUUCGUUUAUCAAAUUUGAUUAAAAAUAUAACAUAAUAAAAUUUAAAAAUGUCCGGAGAAGAAAGAACCGUAGUGGUGGCAAUGGAUGGAAGUGAACAUGCGGAAAAUGCAUUUAACUGGUACGUAAAGAAUGGUUUUAGAUCAAGUGACAGACUGGUAAUUGUUUAUUGCGCAGAAUACAAUCGCAUAAAUUCACAACCUGUAACAUUGAUGUCUGUAGACCCGACUCUAGUUACAAAUCUUGUGGCACAAGAAGAAGAACAUGUAAAGGAAAUAGCAGAGAAAUUCAACGCUCUCGUAAAAAAGCAUAAGAUAAAUGGUAAAGUAGUACGAGUUAACGGCGAUGCAGGGCCAGGUAUUGUUGAUGUGGCAAAUAGAGAGAAAGCGGUAUAUGUAGUUGUCGGAAGUAGGGGACUGGGUAAAAUACGGAGAACAUUAUUAGGUAGCGUUAGUGACUAUGUUUUGCAUCAUUCACUCGUUCCUGUAAUAGUGUGUAAAAAUGAAAACGAUUAGCAAACAUCGUCAAUUUCAAAUCAACAGAAUGUGUAAUCAGAUUAUUUGACGCUGUAUGAUAUUAUAUAUACUUAAUUGGUAUUUUCAUAAAAUAUAGAUAUUUGGUAAAGAUAAUGUUUUGAAUAAAAGUCAGUAUUAUAUCGUUUAUAUCAA